GUCAUUCACGUCACAAAGUAGCAUUUCAUUUUUGUAGGUUGAUCAGUAAACUCUAGUGUUUUAUUAUAGGUUAUGAAUUAGCCGCGUGUAAAUAUUACUAAAAUCACGUUAGUCACAUCAAUCAAAACUAUACAUGUACAACAUUGGAAAUUACUGAAACACUACAAAAUGAGGCAUAGUGACGACAACGCGGGUAACUCACGCUUCACCAGCGGGCAUGUAUGCCCACACAUCGGAGAGGAACUGGGAAUCUGAUGCCGAUGUACCUGAUGAAUGCUUGGCUGCUGGAUGCAGGGACAUAGCGUAUCAACUCGUCACUAGCAGCCCUGGAAGACAUUUCAAGGUCAUCAUGGGCGGUGGUCGUAGAGAAUUCCUCCCGAACACGACAAACAUUUUAGGCAGUAAAGGGAGGAGGUUGGAUGGCGUGGACCUCACGGACCUGUGGCAUGUCGACAAACUCAAUAUGAAUCACACACAUCAAUACGUCACCGACAGAUUAGAACUUUUAAAGGUCUUCAAUUCCGACGACUUGCCGGAGUACUUGUUGGGGUUGUUCAGGGAUGAUCACAUGGAGUACCAUCUUAAAGCCGAGAACCAGCCAUCUCUCGAAGAAAUGGUGGAAGUGGCCAUCAAGAUGCUUAGUAGGAGCUCUAAGGGAUUCUUCUUAUUUGUUGAAGGUGGAAGAAUCGAUCAUGCGCACCACGACAGCUUAGCUCAUUUAGCACUGGACGAAACGGUGGAAUACUCGAAAGCUGUGAAGAGAGCAAGAUCUCUGACCAGUGAGGAAGACACCCUGAUAGUCGUCAGUGCUGACCACGCUCAUACGAUGACAGUUGCUGGGUACCCUUCAAGAGGCAAUGACAUUCUUGGGACUGUGGACACCGCAAAUGGAAUGGAUGGAAAACCCUAUACCACUAUUAGUUACGCAAAUGGAAGAGCUCAAUCGAUUGCAGCGGACGGAAGGGUCGAUGUGACCCAGGAUAAACAAUUUACAUCUCGUGAUCCAGACUACGCCUAUCCAAGCUUAGUGCCUUUAGAUUCGGAGACCCACGGCGGGGAGGAUGUGGCAGUGUACGCAUCUGGACCUUGGCAGCAUCUGUUCACUGCCAGCUACGAGCAGAACCUAGUGCCACAUCUAAUGGCCUAUGCCAUGUGCAUCUCAGAAGACCAGCACGGCAACUGUGGACCAGAAAUCCACAAAUACACCGCAAGUGGUGUCACCACCAACCCUAGUACCAAUUUACUGAUAAGUUUAACUGUGAUAUUUAUUUUAAGGAUAUUUUAUUAGGUAAAAAUACUUAAUUUUUUAUUUUACUUUAAUAGCGUAAUAAAGUUGGAAUUGUAUGGAAUGUAUGGAAAGAUCGAAAAUAAUUUAAAAUACGGAUUAUUUGCGUAAAUUAUCUGGGAAAAGUUCCGCAAAUUUCAAGUGAUACCAGGAAUCUUCAUCAGCAGCAUUCACGGUGCAGUCACGGAACCUACCAGCAGAGCUUUUCUCGAAUAAUUCACACGAGAAAAUCAUUUUAUAUAUCUGACGAUAGUUACACAAAGUUGUCAAUUACAGUUCUAAUAGCCUGUGAUCUGAAACAUUCCCAAAUAGCCUUGAACUUCUGUAUCCAGUAUACCUGUUUCUGUAUCAUGUAACCACAUUUAUUUGAGUUUACCACAGACAUACCCGCGAAAAGUACUUUCGUUUUAUAAUACCUUUGGUUACGAAUAAUGCAGUUUUCAUGUUUGUUUCAUGAAUUUUAAUCAAUAAGCAUUUUAUGAGCUGUGAUAUUAACUUAUCAAGAUAGUAUUCAUAAAAGGGUUCUAUAUGAUUUUUAGGAAUUUAGAACUUUGUGCCCGGUAUAGCCCUUUUCGCCUUAACCUUUCAUGUGUAUAUAACGCGGACCCACACGAGACGCAAUAUCUUUUGUACUGUGUCUCAUAUCAGUGUAUUCUACUAGUUAAUAGCAAUUUUAUACUGGUCACCUCUGCCUACCCCUUAUGCCUAUGCUUCUUAAUAAAGAUGGAAAUGUUUUGAUAAAACAUAUUGAAGUGAAUAAAAAAUAUUUUGCAUAGCAUUUAGCUACAGAAAACUAUCAAAGUACGGACUUCUGUAUCAUCGUUAAAUGAGACAGAUAAACACCAAUUAGUGCAACAAUUGACAAUUUGAAAAUUGAAACUUAAUAAGAUGUCGUACAGCUUAGGACCGGUUUACCUACGACGUAGAUAGUUCCAUUGUCAAAUGACUCCCUUCAAACGUGAUGAGGUUGAAAACUUAUUAAAAAAGUUACAUAUUAUCUACUGUAUAGUAGUUGUACAUAAUAAAUGAAUUAGAAAAUAUUGUUUAAGACCUAGA